AUGGGGGAUGGAGGCGCUGCUGCUGUUGGAGGUGACGGCGUAAACUAUUCCCAUGUGCUCUUCGACAACUUUGUCCAGGCAAGCACCUUCAAGGGCACGCUCAAAGCCUUCCAGGAGCUCUGUGACCAUCUGGACGUCAAGCCCCGAGAGUCUAGGAUCUUCUAUCACAAGUUGAAAUCCAAACUCAACUACUGGAAGGCCAAAGCUCUUUGGGCUAAAUUGGACAAGAGGGCGUGUCAGAAGGAGUACAAGAAGGGCCGAGCAUGUGCCAACUCCAAGUGUCUCAUAAUCGGGGCAGGACCAUGUGGUUUACGAACAGCCAUCGAGCUGGGCUUUCUGGGGGCCAAAGUGGUGCUGCUGGAGAAGAGAGAUGCUUUCUCCAGAAACAAUGUGCUUCACCUCUGGCCUUUUACAAUCCAGGACCUCAGGGGCCUCGGCGCCAAGAAGUUUUAUGGGAAGUUCUGUGCCGGUGCUAUCGAUCAUAUCAGUAUUCGUCAGCUGCAGCUUAUCCUGCUCAAAGUCGCACUUCUAUUAGGAAUUGAGAUCCAUGUUAAUGUUGAAUUCAAGGGUCUCAUUGAACCCCCAGAAGACCAAGACACUGAGCGGAUCGGCUGGAGGGCUGAGAUUCUCCCCAGGACGCACCCUGUGAACGAGCUGGAGUUUGAUGUGAUCAUUGGGGCAGAUGGAAGGAGGAACACGCUUUCAGGUUUCCGACGGAAGGAGUUCAGGGGGAAAUUGGCCAUCGCCAUCACUGCAAACUUUAUCAAUAGACACACUACAGCCGAAGCAAAAGUAGAAGAGAUAAGCGGUGUUGCUUUUAUCUUUAAUCAGAAGUUCUUUCAAGACCUCAGAGAAGCCACAGGAAUUGACCUGGAAAACAUUGUCUAUUACAAGGAUGACACGCACUACUUUGUGAUGACUGCCAAAAAGCAGAGCUUGCUCGAGAAAGGAGUCAUUCUGCGUGACUACACGGACACAGAGAUGCUGCUUUCCAGGGCUAAUGUGGACCAGGCGGCUCUGCUUUCAUACGCACGAGAAGCUGCAGACUUCUCCACAAACCACCAGCUGCCCACUCUGGACUUUGCCAUAAACCACUACGGUCAGCCCGACGUGGCCAUGUUCGACUUCACCUGCAUGUACGCCUCCGAGAACGCCGCCCUGGUCCGACAGCGCAGCGGCCACAAGCUGCUAGUGGCGCUUGUAGGUGACAGUCUGCUGGAGCCCUUCUGGCCCAUGGGAACUGGAAUAGCUCGAGGGUUUUUGGCCGCCAUGGACUCUGGGUGGAUGGUGAAGAGUUGGGCCCAGGGUAAAAGCCCGCUGGAGGUGCUGGCUGAGCGGGAGAGCAUAUACCGGCUUCUCCCCCAAACAACACCAGAGAACGUCAGUAAGAACUUCAGUCACUACAGUGUGGAUCCCACCACCAGGUAUCCCAACAUCAGCCUCAACUUCCUCAAGCCCAGCCAGGUGCGGCAUCUCAUUGACACGGGUGAAUCUCCAGAAAUGCGAAUAGAGAUUGAAAACGUGAUCAACUCCUCGACGCCCAAACUGGCUCGAAACGACUUUUGCCUGCUUGACCAGCAGUUGCAAGAAUCCAUAGCUCGGUCCAGUAAGCUGCUGAACUGGUGCCAGAGACAGACGGAGGGAUACCGGAACGUAAACGUAGCAGACCUGACGAUGUCGUGGAAAAGCGGUCUGGCUCUCUGCGCCCUCAUUCACCGAUACAGGCCGGACCUGAUAAUGACUGACAAUGGAUGA